AUGCACACCAAUACAAUCAUGAAACCUUCAUUAUCUGUCGACACUAAAUCUUUAUCGCACGCUUUCAACUGCUGCAGCUUUGAAGGUGGCAAUGACGAAUCAACUUGUCGCGGCAGCACUCCAAAUCACCACAAGAAUGGAGCCACUUUAGCCUCCAAUCAUUCAUCACACCAACAACAACCUCGGAAAGAACAGAAAGAACAGGCUAACACCCUCUAUUCAAAUUUGACCGCGUCAUCCUCAUGUUCACUGGAAGAGCCUCUUUCAUUGGAACACAUUUCCAUCCCCAUUCAAGAAACAGCCAUAACUCUUGAAGCAAUUAAUAUUAAAAUUGCUCAAUUAGUGUACAAGGCUUUUCCUCAUCGUUUUAUGGGAGUUGUCUUUUCAAGCAGCGAGUCAAUUUCGGAAGAUGAUUUUUAUGGAGAACAAGAAUCAUCACCAACCACCUCUUUGGAAGAGGAAAACAACACAACAAACAGCCAUCAUGAUUGUACCACUUUCACGGAACAAGAUCCAAACAAUACUACUACUUAUUCCCCUUCACUAUUACCCUUUCAUUUUGAUCACCAUCAUGGCAGUCAAAUUCAAGUCUAUAAUGAAAAUGAUGAUUCUCUGAUCAGUAAUGCUGAAGAGGAUGAUGAAAAAGUUCAAAGUGGAAAUGAAAAUGACACUACCUCUGUGGGUUCUUUUUCAAGUGGAAUGCCAUCGGAUUUGGUUACCUCGACCACCAUUUCUGCCAUUGAAUCACCAACCAUUAAUCAUCCACCAAUGAUGAAUGGAAUGAAUCAACAACAGAACGCGAUCGAUUCAAUUCCCACAUCCACCACAAAUGUUUCGUGUACUUGCUUCCGAGAUUCGCACCAUGAAAACGACAUGGCUGGGUUGAAUGAAAAAACGAGGAAUGAUGAUGGAUUUUGGCAACACAUUCUCCAGAAAUAUAUUCACGUCAAGCAACUAACUGGAGGUACCACUAACAGAUUGUACUUGGUACAUUUUCUUCGUCACACUCGUGACGUGGACCAAAACGAGGAAGAAGAGCGUCACAACACGACUCUUGACCACAUUCUAAAUCCAAAGAAAGUGCUUGUUCGUUGCUUUGGACACAACUCUGAAAACCUCAUUGACCGUAAAGCAGAAUUGCACUACAUUCAGCAAAUUUCUUUACAUUAUCCAGAGUUGGCACCAACCAUUUAUUGUAAAUUUCAAAAUGGGCUCAUUUACAGAUAUUUUGAAGGAAUUGGGCUCGAUGAAUUGGGUGGAGCAAAAGAUCAUUAUUUGCAAAUUGCCAAACUGAUGAAGGCAAUACAUUCGAUUCAUGUUCCUUCGUUUCAAAGUGAAUCUUCUUCUUGCAAGCAUCACAUUCAUCCACACAAACUCAAGCCUGUUGUAUUCGAAAGAACACAUCGUUGGCUUGAUCUUUUAAAGAGUAGACGUGAAGAAUUUAACAAGAGCAGCAAUUCUAUUCCAAGUGUACUUGACAUGGACCAAUUGGAAAAGGAGGUCAACCUCAUUCAAUCUUAUUGCCAAGAUUUUCCUGUAUCAUUUUGUCACAAUGACAUUGGAGCUCACAAUAUUAUUUACAACGACAAGGAAAACCAUUCCUAUCAUUUAAUUGAUUUUGAAUAUUGUGGAUAUAAUUACUCUGCAUUUGACAUUGGUAACUUUUUUUGUGAGUUUGGAGGUUUGUGUAUCAAUCCACAAGCAUUUCCAACUAGGGAUCAACAAACACUCUUUUUGCAAAGCUAUUUUGAAGGAUCCUCUGUGAGCGAGGAACAAAUAGAAAAAUACAGAAGACAAGCCAAUGUCAUGUCAUUGGUGAGCAAUUUGCAUUGGUCUGUUUGGAGCAUGUUACAACACAUGUUCUCCAACAUUGAUUUUAAUUAUCUCGAAUAUGCAGAGAGAAGAAUGCAAUGGUAUUACAGAAUUCGAGAUGAAACGCUCUCUCUCUUGAAUAGCCACUGA